ACGCCAAAACAGAGAGUGGAGUAUCGCUGCAGGAGGCAGAAGGACGUUGCAUCGUUCCAAUGUGUUGACAGGUUUUUUUUAACACGUGGAAAAAAUGACCGUCAAUUAUUCCAGCAAUUUAUUGAAAAACGUUCAUGAAAAUUUAGCCUUGCCAGAUAACGGUGAAACAUUCUUAGUUCAAGGAGAUUACGAGUACUGGCACUAUGGUUGCGAUGGUUUUAAUGACAGAGGUUGGGGGUGUGGAUAUAGGACACUGCAAACCAUUUGUUCAUGGAUCAUAAAUAAUGAAAAUUUGGAAAAAAUUGUUCCAAACAUUAGUAAAAUACAAGAGACUCUUGUCGAAGUGGAGGAUAAAGACAGAACAUUUAUUGGGUCGAGAGAAUGGAUAGGAAGUUUCGAAGUAUCGAUUGUUUUAAAUCAACUUUAUGAAGCUCUUAGCAAAAUAAUUUACGUGUCGAGCGGAAAGGGAUUAAUUGACCAAGUGGAUAAGAUUAAAAGACAUUUCGAGCAAUUUGGCAGUCCGAUCAUGAUGGGCGGAGACAGGGACUGCUCUAGCAAAUGUAUAGUAGGAUUACACGUUGGAAACAGAGGUGUGUAUUUGUUAAUUGUAGAUCCACACUUUGUUGGUAAAGCAAAAAGUGUGGAACAUUUAAAGAACGAUCAGUGGGUGAAGUGGCAAAACUUGGAUGAUUUCGUCGACAGCUCGUUUUAUAAUAUGUGUUUACCGCAACUUAAGUAUCGCGAACUGUGCGAUAAAUGAUGUUAAUUAUUUAUACGAAAUAAUUAUGUAUUUUCACUAAAAAUUAUAAUUUUGUACGCUGAUCUUCGAUCGAUAUUCGAUUGAUAAAUAUUAAAAAAUUG